AUGCCUUCUGAAUCCGACAUCCUCUCCGCUCUUACCGCCUACCGCGAGCACAUCAGCACGGUCAACUACCGCGCCAUGAAAGCCAUCAUCCCGCAAAUAGAAGCCGCGGACAUGGAAGACCUCGACCUUUGGUCGUAUCCCGAAGAGGAAGAAGAGUCCCGUCUGGAAUUCGUGUACGGCCUCUUCGGCCUCGCCGGCGCCUCCGACACCAACCCGCCCAUCAAACGCGCCUCCGACAUCCUCGAGCACUGGGAUGUGUUAGCGCCGCAGCUCGCUCUCGACGGUGCUGCCCUCCACUUCGAUCCUGCGUGGCGGGCUACUCAGCGCAAGGCGUACCUCGCGGCUGUGAUGGAGGGUCUUGGACGUAUCGAGUGUCCGACUGGGAAAUGGGAGCUACCGCAAGACUGGUUGUUUCUGAUAGAACACGUUGAUUCUCUCGAAGGCCCCGGCUGGUAUCGUCUCCGCGACCACUGCGAAAUGCUGAUAUUCUGGCAGGGCUGGGGCGCGUUCGGGUCGUACAUUCGCGCGGAGGGGUGGAUGAGGAGAUGUGUGACUGGGGAGAAGAUCCUCGAGUUGACUGCGUAUGAAUUCGAGGACAAGUAUGAAAUAGCAGGGGGGUUAGAGAGCGGACAAGGAAACGCGUCGGUGUGCUACAUUAUGUACAGCCGGUUAAAGGAAGGUGAAAAUCGGGAUUGGUCGUGGCGCUAUGUGACUACUAGGGGUCAGUUUGGGGUAGACGUUUUUGAGAAUGUGGUCGAGCUCUUAGAUUGGUAUAAGAAUAGGUCUCAACCGAGGGAGAGUGACUGCUAUAUUACGGCUGAGGAGGUGUUCCAAGCUUGA